AUGGAAACUGCGAGGACGAUUUUUCAGCCAUCUAAAGGUGAAUAUUGUACAGAUCUCAUGAAUAACCUGAACGUGUAUCCAUCGACCUCAUCAAGCUCAGUUGUUUCGAGGCCUCGUCCGAUUCACGUAAAUACAAUGUUGGUUGCUCCGGUUAAAGGAAAUACUCCAAAUAAAAACGUUUCACCGCCAAGCGUUACAACUCCGUCUCAACAACAUUUUAUUCUCAAGUCUUCGCCGCAAAGCUCAGAAAAAAAGGUUUGUUAAGUUUGAUGUCUGUUCUGUUUAAUUGGUUUGUUUCUAUGAGUUUUAGCAUUAUUUAAAAAAUUGUAGCGGGGUUUAACGUAAAUGAAUAGUUUUAGGUAACGAAAUUUUUAAUUAAAGGGCUAGAAAGUUUAUAAUGUUUAAAAUGCAUUUAUAGGUCGUACACACUUAUUAUCCAGCAGACUACAUAAAACCAGACCCAGAUUAUGCAUCUGUACCAUUAAAUUCAAAGGAAAGAUUGGUGUUUAAAGUACCUGCGAAGAAACGAACAUACAAAGAUGCCAACCUAUUGCCAGGCGGUUCAAACCCAAAAAUUCCUAAAGAAGAAGAAGGUGGGUGUAGAGUUUGCUUUCUAUUGUAUUUUUAGGAUUUUUGUUCUAUUACGCCAAUUUAAUGAAGAAUUUAAAUAGAAAACGUCUUAUAUUUUAGUAAAAAUUUUUAGACUGAUUUUUUUGUUCAACAAUUAAAAAAAGGAAAUAAGAUGUUAGACGAUGCUUUUUGCAGAUUUUUAUUGUAAUAAGUUUGGUUUUUAGCUGAAACGGAAGUUACAGAUCCUAAUGUUAGACAAGACAGCAGUUUACUGCGUUUGACCCGAAAGUUUUUGGACUUGAAACCAUCUUCUGAACCAAGUGUUUUGAACUUGAAUGAAGCUGCCGAGAAGCUCGGUGUUCAAAAGAGGCGAUUGUACGACAUUACAAAUGUUUUAGAAGGCAUCGAAUUGAUCGAAAAGAUGGGAAAAAAUAGCGUUCGAUUUAAGUAGGUUUAUUUUCUUUCAUUUAAAUAUUUUUAAAAUAGAGGACGACGACCUAUUUGUUUUGCUUAACUUUAUUUAGGUAUAUUUCAGGGGCGCCGCUACGGUUUGUCCCUGGGGGGGGAGGUCGAAAAUUUUUUUAAAAAAUUUUUUAAAAGUUUUCGAUUAAACGCUUUUAAAUUAAAUUUUAACAGAUCACAAGCUGAUACUUCUCAUGCCCAAGACUUACAUGAUCUUAGAGACGAAAUAAAUGAACUUCAAAGAGAAGAAGAUUACGUAGACACCUUGAUGCGUUCUGUUUUAAAUGCUAUGACAUUGACUCGCGAAGACCCUACUGAAAUUCCGUAUCAGUAAGCGCUACUGAUAAACUUAUAUUCGACUAAUUAAGAAGAUUAAUUCAACUGAGUAUACUUUUAGGUAUGUAACGUACGAAGAUCUGCACGCUUUAGGUGAUUUAUCAGAACGAAUGUUGGUUGCAGUAAAAUCACCGGCGGGAUCAAGAUGUGUAUUACAAGUUUCAGAAGACGAUAAAAGCGGGGUAUGGAUGCUAGUAUAUAUUUACUUUAAUGUUGAUCUUUAUCUAAAUUGAGCUAUAGCCUACAAAUGUAUAUUUUUUUAUGUAAUAUCUUGAAGUUUUUUCUAACGUCAGAAUUGAAACUUUUUAUAGUUUGCUUUAAUUUAAUAUUUAUUUUUUAAUAUGCAUUUAUAUAUUGUCAUUCUUUGUUGAUUUCAGUCCAAUAAGCGUCAUGUUUUUGUACGUUCUGAAAGUAAUGAUCCUAUUCAAGUGUUCGUUUGUCCUACAGAUUCUAAUGGGGAUGAUUCGUUUAUGAAUGAAUUUGUAAGUUUUUAUUUUUGAGUUCUUAGUUUCUUGAGCUUUUAAAAGUAUAGGUAAAACGGAAGACUUAAACGUUUUUACGAUUUUUAUGUCAUACACUAAAGGGAUGUUAGAAAUUUGUUUUGUGUUUUGGUUUUACACUUAAAAUUAAACGUAUAGAUGAAUUGUUGAAGUCGUAAAAGUAUAAGCAGAGGGACCGCAGGGCCUUCUCCAGAUCAUCGGACAUUCGCUGACCUGGUUAUUGUUAUAAAGUAAUGCUAAUUUUACAAUUGAGCGAAAAACGUGUUAUAUUUUUUUCUCAUCAUGCCUGUAUUUUCUUCAGUUUAGAAAUUGGAAAAAAUCCUGUUAUGAUUUCUCAUGCGAAAAUUAUGGCACGUUUUUGUGUCCAAAUAUAAAACGCGGGCUUUAAAUAUCCUUCUUAUCUUGCAAUUUUUUUAUUAUGGUUUUAGAAGACACCCACUCUUCGAGCAGUAAAUUUAUCCGAUUCGGAUCAAAUGCCAAGCGACCUGAAGGGGGAUAUACAGACGAUGGAUUUUCCUGAAAUGGAGUUGAACAGUUUGAUUCGAGAUGCAAAGUUAACUCCAAAUUCAUUUAAAGCAUUUGCUUCGCCGUUAAAAAUGUUAGCUGAUGGUGGCCCUGCUGUCUCACCAUUGACCGCAAAUACGUUGAAUGCCCAACAGUACGACUCGCGCUCCUUUGUGAACUUAGAGCCGGUUCGUGAACCAGAAAACUAUUUGUACACGAUGACUUCGGCCGAUACUCUUCAUUCGAUAUUUGAAGCGAAUUGGUAG